GUAUUGAAAAAGGAGUCAGUUGAUUACUCUGUUAUUCUCUAACAAAGUUGAUUAUUAGAAAAAGUAUCUAAAUAUAAAAAUAACUAUUUAUUUAACAGUGCCAAAUGGACGUAUAUAAAUUUCGUAUGACAUAGAAAAAAACAAUUUAUUAGUUCGAUUUUCAAUAUUAGUUUAACGACAGUGAUACGAUUACAAAGUUUUAUUACAUUUCGAUUACGCAGCUGUUAAUUUUUCACAUUUCUGUAUUAAAAUGGCAAGUACAGCAGUUGUAGUUGGUGUAGGAUUAGCUGUAGUAGGAUUUACAGGCCGUUAUAUUAUGAGAUCAAUGCCAACGCUUUCUAAAAGGAUGUCUGAAGCUUAUAAAACUCUGCCAAAACUAGAUUCACAAUCAUUAGCAAACAGUAAAUAUUAUAAAGGAGGAUUUGAGCCCACAAUGACGAAGAGAGAAGCUAGUCUGAUUUUAGGAGUAUCACCUUCAGCAAGCAAAGGCAAAAUUAAGGAACAAUUUAAAAAGAUAAUGAGUGCUAAUCAUCCAGAUCGUGGGGGAUCGCCUUAUAUAGCAGCAAAAAUAAAUGAAGCUAAAGAUUUGCUCAAUAAAUAGUGACUGUUAUAUAAAUUAGGUAAAAAAAAUUAUGUACAUAUUUAUUCGGUUAUUUGUGUGAAUAAAUAAUAAGUUAAUAUUUUAAUAAAAAUAUUUCAAUAAGAAAAA